AUGUCUGCAGAGCCUGAGCACGUGGGGUCAAAGGCCAAGGUCAAGGCCAACUUGAAUGAUGCCUCCGGAGCUGAGAAGAAAGAGGAGUCCGACACAGCAACGGCUAUUCUCAAGAAGAAGAAGAAGCCCAACUCUCUGAUUGUUACCGAUGCUGUUAACGAUGACAACUCAAUCAUCGCACUAUCCAACAACACCAUGGAGACGCUACAGCUGUUCCGUGGUGAUACAGUACUCGUGAAAGGAAAGAAGAGAAAGGAUACCGUUCUGAUCGUGCUGGCGGAUGAUGAUCUUGAUGAUGGAUCAGCACGUAUGAACCGCGUGGUUCGCCACAAUCUCCGCGUUAAGCACGGUGAUAUCGUCACUGUUCACGCGUGUCCAGAUAUCAAAUACGCCAAGCGUAUUGCCGUCCUUCCCAUCGCUGAUACCGUCGAAGGCCUAACUGGCUCCCUUUUCGAUGUCUUCCUCGCUCCCUAUUUCCGCGAAGCCUACAGACCGGUACGACAAGGUGAUCUUUUCACAGUCCGUGGAGGCAUGAGGCAGGUUGAGUUCAAGGUCGUAGAGGUCGAUCCACCAGAGUUCGGCAUUGUGGCACAAGAUACCGUCAUACAUUGUGAAGGAGAGCCCAUUCAGCGCGAGGACGAGGAGGGCAACCUGAAUGAGGUGGGAUAUGAUGACAUCGGUGGAUGCCGAAAGCAGAUGGCCCAGAUCCGAGAGUUGGUCGAACUGCCUCUCCGACAUCCUCAGCUGUUCAAGUCCAUCGGCAUCAAGCCUCCUCGUGGUAUUCUCAUGUUUGGUCCUCCCGGUACCGGAAAGACUUUGAUGGCUCGUGCUGUGGCCAACGAGACUGGAGCUUUCUUUUUCUUGAUCAACGGUCCUGAAAUCAUGUCCAAGAUGGCCGGAGAAUCAGAAUCAAACCUCCGCAAAGCAUUCGAGGAGGCAGAGAAGAACUCUCCAGCAAUCAUCUUUAUCGACGAGAUCGAUUCCAUCGCACCCAAGCGUGAGAAGACCAACGGAGAGGUUGAGCGCCGUGUGGUGUCUCAGCUUCUGACUCUCAUGGACGGCAUGAAAGCCCGCUCAAACGUGGUAGUCAUGGCUGCCACGAAUCGACCCAACUCCAUCGAUCCUGCGCUUCGUCGCUUCGGGCGUUUCGAUCGUGAAGUCGACAUCGGUAUCCCGGACCCCACUGGCCGCCUUGAGAUUCUCCAGAUCCACACCAAGAACAUGAAGCUUGGAGAAGAUGUUGACCUCGAGUCGAUUGCCGCAGAGACUCAUGGUUACGUUGGUUCAGAUGUUGCUUCUCUUUGCUCUGAGGCUGCUAUGCAGCAGAUCCGUGAGAAGAUGGACCUGAUUGAUUUGGACGAGGAUACCAUCGAUGCGGAGGUCCUUGACUCUUUAGGCGUCACUAUGGAGAACUUCCGUUUCGCACUGGGUGUCUCAAAUCCCUCUGCUCUUCGUGAAGUUGCCGUUGUGGAGGUACCCAACGUUCGCUGGGAUGACAUUGGAGGCUUGGAGAACGUCAAGCGCGAGCUUAUCGAGAGCGUCCAAUAUCCCGUCGAUCACCCUGAGAAAUUCCUCAAAUUCGGUCUUUCGCCAUCUCGUGGUGUUCUAUUCUACGGUCCCCCAGGUACUGGUAAGACUUUGCUUGCCAAAGCAGUCGCCAACGAGUGCGCUGCCAACUUCAUCUCGAUUAAAGGCCCUGAGCUGCUGAGCAUGUGGUUCGGUGAGUCGGAGAGCAAUAUUCGAGAUAUUUUCGACAAGGCUAGGGCCGCCGCUCCUUGUGUUGUUUUCCUUGAUGAGUUGGACUCCAUUGCGAAGUCGCGCGGUGGAUCCAAUGGUGACGCUGGAGGAGCUUCCGAUCGUGUUGUCAACCAGCUCUUGACAGAGAUGGAUGGCAUGACUUCGAAAAAGAACGUCUUCGUUAUCGGUGCCACCAAUCGUCCCGAGCAGCUUGAUAACGCUCUCUGCCGUCCUGGACGUCUCGACACCUUGGUCUACGUUCCCCUGCCUGACGAAACCUCGCGUAUCGGUAUCCUCAAGGCUCAAUUGCGCAAGACUCCUGUGGCUGAUGACGUCGACAUUAACUAUAUUGCGAGCCGCACUCACGGCUUCUCUGGUGCCGAUCUCGGCUUCGUCACUCAGCGUGCCGUUAAGCUCGCCAUCAAGCAAUCCAUCUCCAUUGAUAUUGAGCGAACCAAGGAGCGUGAGGCUGCUGGUGAAGACGUCAAGAUGGAGGAAGACAUUGACGCUGAGGACCCAGUUCCCGAGCUUACCAAAGCCCAUUUCGAGGAGGCUAUGCAGUCAGCUAGGAGAUCAGUCUCUGAUGUUGAGGUCCGUCGCUACGAAGCAUUCGCACAGAGCAUGAAGAACUCCAGUGGAAGCAACUUUUUCCGAUUUCCAGAUGCGGACGCAGCUGCUGAUGCUGCAGGGAACGGCAAUGGAUUCGGUGACGCUGGCAACGAUGAUUCUCUUUACGACUAG